AUGGACGAGUCAAGUGCUCAAGAUGCCGCGGCAGCUGCCGCGGCGGCCUUCGACUUCAAGCUUUAUCGCUACACGCCUUCCCUCCCAGCUGCAAUUGUCAGUGUCGCAGUGUUUGCCUUUUUGACUGCACUGCACACAUGGCGCAUUUUCAGAGCAAGAGCUUUCUACUUCACCGCGUUUACCGUGGGUGGUUUGUUUCAAACAAUCGGAUAUUGUGGUCGAAUAUGGAGUCACUUUGAUACGCUCUCCAUCGGUGGCUUCGUCAUCCAGGCCAUUCUGAUUCUCGUGGCACCAGCGCUGUACGCUGCCUCCAUUUACAUGAUCCUGGGUCGACUCAUCCGAACUGUCAAGGCCGAACAUCUGUCGCUGAUCCCAGUCAACUGGGUGACUCGCAUCUUCGUCACAGGUGAUGUUGUCGCCUUUACCUUGCAAGCUGGCGGCGGCGGUGUCCAAGCUGCAGGCACACUGGACCUCUACGAAGCGGGAGAGAAGAUCAUCAUUGCUGGGCUUUUCGUCCAGAUUGUCGUAUUUGGCUUUUUCGUCGUCACAUCUCUACUGUUCCACGUGCGAUUGAGCCGCACUCCGACUGCGACUGCACUCAAGGGAGGCACUCCAUGGAGGCGCUACCUCUAUGUUCUGUAUGCUACGAGCGCCAUCAUUCUCAUUCGAAGCGUCUUCAGAGUGUUCGAGUAUCUGCAAGGAAACAAAGGUUAUCUCAUUUCCCACGAAAUCUUCUUGUAUAUAUUCGACACCUUGCUCAUGGCGAUUGUGAUGGCAAUCUUCCUCGUUUGGUAUGUGUCGGAGUUAGAACCAAAGAAACGGGCACAAUCUGUGGACGGUCGCGAGACGUCGGGAUCUAGCGACUACGUCUUGGACGAGAGGCGGAAGCCUGCGCCACUCAACGUAUGA